AUGAAUUACUUUGUAGGUGGUGAUGGUGGAGCAAGAGUAGGUGGUGAUGGCGAAGCAAUAGUUGGUGGAGCAGCAGCUGGUGGGGAUGGUGGACGAACUACCGGUAAAAAUAAACAAGUAGUUGUUGCUGCUGAUGUUGUUGUUGCCAAUGGAAUUAAUGGUGGUGGAAUUGAGACCAAUGGUAACGACAUCGAACUCACCGACAAACGAUUGAACGGUGAUUUCGGUGGUGUCAGACGUGAAAUUGGUCUUUUCUGUUCGUUGACUAAAGUAACAUAG